AUGUGUUUGUUGUUUGCCGACGACAAAAGCUCUUAUUGGCAGUCAAGGACAAGGGCGACUGCAUUAAUCUUUAGGAAGAUAAAGACGAGGAGCGAAAAUAACAAGCUGCAAAUUAAUUUAUCUAAGUCAUGCGUCAUAACAUUUACCAAAGCAAAAGCCCCAAUUGGGUACGAAUACAAAUUGGCAGGCGCACCUUUGGAAAGAGUGCAAUCUGUGCGUGAUCUCGGAGUUACAGUAGACGCAAGUAUUUACGCUCAGGGUAUACUCGCGUCUAAUAAAUAUACGCCGACAUCGGGCAGGCGAGCGAAGAUGGAGCCCGCGGCGAUCGUGGCGCAGUCCGUCGGCGUCCAGCGAGCUCUGAGCGUGGUUGCGACGACGCUAGCGCUCACCGCCUACCUCUUCCCUCCGCAAGCCGUCGUCUUCGAGAACGAGGAAUUCGACUUCAUCGUCGUGGGAGGCGGCUCGGCCGGGUGCGUGUUGGCGGACAGGCUCAGCGAGGGCGGCCGAUUCUCCGUGCUCCUGCUCGAGGCCGGCUCCGACCCGCCGCUCGAGUCGUUCGUGCCACCGCUCUACCCUUACUUGGUCCGAUCGAGAUAUGAUUAUAAUUAUACCUCUGAGAAUGACUUUUUUUCUUUUCAAACUCAUAAGAUUCGGGCGCUCAAUUUGACGGCCGGCCGGGUCCUCGGCGGCGGCAGCAGCGUCAACUUGAUGCUUUACGUGCGCGGCUGCCCGGAAGACUACGAGUAUUGGGCCGAAUACGCCGGGGAUUCCACUUGGAGAUGGAAAGGAGUCCUUCCGUACUUUAUCAAGAGCGAGAAGCUGGAGAGCGCCGAGAUCCUCUCGACCGCGUACGGAGAGUAUCACGGAACGCAGGGUCCCCUCAAGGUGACCAGGGAAGGCAGACCCGAUAUCGAUAGAUAUUUGGAAAGCUUCGAAGAAGUCGGAAAACCAGUGGUGAUCGACGUGAACGGUCCCUCCAGUCUGGGCUAUACGCCGCAACUGUAUACGAUCGCGGACGGUGUUCGCCAAUCGACAGCGUACGCUUUUUUAAGGAACAAGCGACGUUCCAACUUGUUCAUUAGAAGGAACAGUUUCGUCACCAAAAUUAUAAUCGACGACGACAACGUGGCGAGAGGAGUAGAGUUCGUCACGGAUCGCGGCUUAGUCGAACGAGUGUGGGCGUCGCGCGAAAUUGUGCUGUCCGCGGGCGCCAUCGGCUCACCGCGUCUCCUCAUGCUGUCCGGCGUGGGGCCACGGAGUCAUCUCGAGGACCUGGGCAUUCAAGUGAAAAGCGAUUUGCCUGUCGGUUACAACUUCCAUGAUCACAUCAAUUCCAUGAUUUUGAUCAGAACCGAAACGUCGUUUGCCCCGCCUCCUAUCAUCGAUCCGACCCAGUUUCCGUACCCAUCCUUUUGCGGCUACGUAGCGGACGCAAGAACGGGUCCGUGCGCUGCCUACCAGACCCUCAACUUGGUGGUCCAGAACGAUUCAGAAGGACCUCUACAGCUGUGCGCGUUCGUUCUCGGCUUCGAUGACGAUAUCUGUAGCAAUCUCGCGGAGGCCGGCAAAGGUCGCAACACUCUGUAUUCUGUAUUGACUCUACUUCACCCCGAGUCCCGAGGCAGAGUGUCGCUCCGAAGCUCGAACCCUUUCGCUCCGCCCAUAGUACAGCCAAACGUGUUUUCAGAUAGACGAGAUUUGGACGAUUUGGCCUCGUACCUGGCAGAUUUCGCGAAAGUUUUGAACUCAACAUAUUUCAAAAGCGUCAAUGCCGAUCUAGUAGACUUGCCUCACCCACUUUGCAGUAACUGGAGACGAGGCAGCGUGGAGUAUUGGCGUUGUUACGCUUUGACUAUCUCAACGACCAUGUGGCAUUACGUGGGCACCUGUGCGCUCGGCUCGGUUGUAGAUAGCAAGUUGCGCGUGCGCGGGGUACGAGCGCUGCGCGUGGUGGACGCCAGCGUGAUUCCCCGCAUUGUCAGCGGCAACACAAACGCGCCGGUUAUUAUGAUCGCCGAGAAAGCCGCCGAUUUUAUCAAACAUUCACACGCCUGA